AUGAGCUCUCAACCAAUUGGCCUGGCCACGAUCCCGAAGCUGCUCCCUGUGACGGGAACCUUCGCACUCCCUUUCACUGCGUACUACGCGUUGCUCAGCCUACGAACGGUUCGCGAACGUCUACAAAAGGAACACUACCUCGGGGACAACUCAUCGACUGGCAGCGCCGACUGGCGCGCCUACCAGAACGACAAACUGUACCUCCUCACUCGUGCGCAUACCAACUUCACCGAGAACGUUCCGUUGGCUUUCAUACUCGCUACUUUGGUGGAGGUCAAUGGCGGAAACCGUAAGGUGCUGAGUUGGUUCCUCGGCAGCUUCCUGGCGAUGCGCGUGCUGCAUGCCGAUUUCGGUAUCCUGCAGCAGGGACUCGGCAGCGGCAGGCCCAUUGGCUAUUUUGGCAGUGUUGGGCUUCUGAGUGCCAUUGCUGGAUAUGGAGCCUUCUUGGUCAAGGGUUAUUGGGGCUUCUAA